CAGUUCUUUGAGUUUGGUUGGCGUUUUAUUAUUGGCUUGAAUUUGUAUAGGGCUUUGUUUCGCAUAAAUUGGGACUAAAAAUUAUCCAAUUUGCAAAAUGAAAUACAAAACGUUACUAUGCCUCACUGCAAUCUUAACUUACUGCAACAUAGAUGCCCAAAGUCGUACAAAAGGACUAGAAGAGAAAGUCCAACAGCUAGCGGAUAUAAGCGCCAAGCAAUCUAUUAUAGCUUUAAAUUUCAAUAAAUUUAAGGAAUAUGUAAAAUCUCCGCCAAGGGAUUACUCCUUCAUAGUGAUGUUUACAGCAAUGGCACCUUCCAGGAGGUGCGCUAUAUGUCAGCAUGUGUAUGAUGAAUAUCUGGUCGUGGCUAACUCGUUCCGACUUUCGCCAUCUUUCAGUGAUAAACUCUUCUUUGGACUGGUCGACUUUGAUGAAGGCUCAGAUGUCUUUCAAAUGUUGCGUUUGAAUACAGCUCCAGUAAUCAUGCAUUUUCCGGCUAAAGGAAAGCCUAAACCAGCUGAUUCUAUGGACUUUGAGAGAACUGGUAUACACGCUGAGGCUAUUAUUAAAUGGAUCCAAGACAGAACUGAUAUUCAGAUCCGUGUGUUUCGACCACCAAACUACUCCGGUGUUAUCCUAAUUGCAAUGCUCCUUGUAUUAAUAACCGGAUUUUUAUACCUUAGGCGUAAUAACCUCGAUUUCUUGUAUAAUAAGCAAAUGUGGGCAGUCAUCGCCAUUUUCUUCUGUUUCUCAAUGGUAUCAGGACAAAUGUGGAACCAGAUCCGUGGACCACCAUUCUUCCAUAGAACUAAGAAUGGACCGGUUUAUAUCAAUGGAGGUUCUCAUGGACAGUUUGUGCUCGAGAGUUACAUUGUGGCUGCAUUAAAUGGAGCAGUUGUCGUUGGAAUGAUAUUCAUGAUAGAGGCAGCGGGUGGAGUGAAAGGAACAGAUAUACAUCGAGCGCAAGAGGGAAAGAGACGGCGAUUCCAAUUCGUUGUCGGAUUGGUGCUAGUGUGCGUGUUCUUUUCGCUUCUCCUAUCUAUAUUUAGAUCUAAAACUCAAGGCUAUCCAUAUAGCUUCCUGUUCAAAUAGACAUACAUAUUAAAAGUUCAAAACACAAAUGUCGUGCAAUUGAGUGUUUGAUGAUGAUUUUUUAACUAAGAAAACUACUAUUUACUGUGUCUAUUUCAUGAGUAUUGUAAAUAAAUGUUACAAUAA